AUGGAGCUGCGCUGCAGCGUGGCGGGCAGCGGCGGGGGCCAGGCGGCCGUGGGGGCCGGGCCGGGGCUGGCCAUGGAAGGCCAGGGCUGCGGGGAGGACUACGAGAGCCUGCCCACCAGCGUCUCCCCCUCCACCCACAUGGUGGCUGGGGCUGAGGCCGGGAUCAUGGAGCACACGGUCAUGUACCCCGUGGACUCGGUGAAGACCAGAAUGCAGAGCCUGCAGCCGGAUCCCAAAGCCCAGUACAAGAGCGUGUAUGGAGCCCUGAAGAGGAUGGUACUCACCGAGGGCUUCUGGAGGCCUUUACGCGGAAUUAAUGUCACCAUGCUGGGAGCUGGCCCUGCCCAUGCCAUGUAUUUUGCCUGCUAUGAAAAAAUGAAAAGGACUUUAAGUGACAUUAUUCAGCAAGGAGGAAACAGCCACCUGGCCAACGGCAUAGCUGGGAGCAUGGCCACAUUACUCCAUGAUGCAGUAAUGAAUCCAGCUGAAGUGGUGAAGCAGCGGAUGCAGAUGUACAACUCUCCUUACAAAUCUGUUUUGGACUGCAUCAGGACAGUGCACAGGACGGAAGGGUUUGGUGCCUUUUACCGGAGUUAUACCACACAGCUCACCAUGAACGUGCCCUUCCAAGCUAUUCAUUUCAUCGUGUACGAAAUCACGCAGGAGAAAAUCAACCCUCGUCGAGAGUAUAACCCCCGCUCGCACAUUCUCUCUGGUGCCAUUGCUGGGGCAGUGGCUGCUGCUGCCACCACCCCCCUCGAUGUUUGCAAGACAUUGCUAAACACUCAGGAAAACAUGGCACUGAGUUCACUAAACAUCAGUGGACACCUCUCGGGAAUGGUAAAUGCCUUCAGGACUGUGUAUCAGCUUGGUGGUAUCCCAGCGUAUUUCAGAGGAGUGCAGGCUCGUGUCAUUUACCAGAUGCCUUCUACCGCCAUCGCGUGGUCAGUGUAUGAAUUCUUCAAGUACUUCAUUACCAAGCACAAGCUGGAAAAGAGAACCCCCUACUGAAGGACUUGACGGGAGUGAACCCAAGCUUCACAAGUCUUUUAUAUAGAAGCUCCAUGAUUCUCUCCUCUUUUGAACAUGCCAAAUUCUGGUGGAUUCACAAUUGAAUUUCACUUUUCUCUCUCUCUCUCUCUCUCUCUCUCUCUCUCUCAAAGGGAGGGAUGAAGUGGUCACUGGAGAAACUUGGCUCCUGUGUUCCUAGAAUCAAAUUGUCCAGAAACUUUUUGUAAUAUAAAUAUAUAUUUAUAACUUUAUUUUUGAAAAAGUAAAAUCGCUAACAAAUGGGGUUUCUUUCCCUCUGAACAAAGUCGAAGAUGCAAGGUUACCACCUCACCAUCGAGCUUAGACUGUUUGGUGGGGGGGCCAAGAAAUAGCACAUUGACGUUUUUGUUGCUAAGAAAGUAAAUAUCCUGUCACAUCAAAUUUUUAUAUAAAACUUUAAUAUAGAAUAGAUGGAAAAUGUUUAUCCUUUAUUUUUCUACAUAAGAACUUGUGGUUUUAUUAAUAAGACCACAGCUUGUGGCGGAGCUGUUUUAAAAAAGGGCUGAAUUCUUUCAUUGUAACAUGUAAGGAAAAAUGCCAAAGCUUCUUAAUUUUUAUUUUUAUUUUUUUAAAACCAGAAUGGCUUUAUUAUUGGCAGCAUUGAGCCCAAAACAGCAGCCAGUGUUUUAAUUUGGGUUCUGUGAUGCCUCCUAUUUUUUGGUGCCUGCUUGAGACCCCUCAAGUUGGGUGGCCAAAAUUACCAGCUCUUCUUGGGAAGAAUCUUCAUCUAUUCCAUGUUUUUUAGCUAGUUGUUGACAUCUUAAGAUUUCUACCGUAAGGAUGAGUAUUUUUAGAAAAUGCUUAACAAUUUUGCUUAUAAGUACACUUAUAGCAUUCUAAGGCUUUAUCACUAACUUAUUUAUUCAUGGACUUAUUUCCUGAGAAGGCCCUGAUCCUGCUUACGUGAAUAACUGUCCACACAACUAGUUCCAGCUUUAUCUUUCACGUUGAUAAAGUUGCUCCCACGCACAUGUAUGCCAGAGCAGAACAUCUGUUUACAGUUUCAUAAAGCAGCUUGGGUUGAGUGGUAAAAGGAGCAUAUUGACAACACACAAAGAUGAAAGGCCUUGGAGAAAAUGAAAGCCUUAACUAGGAGAACUGCAAAUUGCAAUCUUUUAAAAUUGAAGCAAAAAGCAGUGGCUUGCUGAAGUCCAAUUGAAGUGCCCUAAGAAAAAUCCCAAAGCUUCAAGUGCUCUUGGGAUUUUUAUUUUAUUUUUUUUCCUUUUGGCUUUUUGCUUGCUGCUAUGAAAUCCUCUGCUUUGGUCUGUGCUUCAUAGAAGACUCUGUGCAUUCAAAAAAGGACAUUUUAUCCCUUCGUCCUUUCUGUAGGCUUUUUUGCAAGCUGGAUUUGUGGAUGACUCAUCUCCGCUCAGUCUCCAUACCUCAUCGUCAUGUCUACUCAGUUGUUUACAAAGUGUAGCUCCUGUGCUUGAGGCUAGGAAAAACCAUUUAUUUUUGAGUGUUUGUUUUUCCUAGUUCAAACUGACCAAUGAUGCGAAUAGAGUGGCUGAAUUUUAAAAGCAACACUUGGUCAAAAGUUCUCUAAAUUCAGUGCAAUAUACUGCAGAGGAGGGAAACUUUUGAGUGCCUGAGGAGCAGGUUUGCUGAACUACAGAUAGUUCAUUGCUGGCUAGCCAUCUGGCUAGAUGAGGUGGUUAGCUUCAUUAUAAACUAUUUGAAGGAUUUCUUUUUCUUUUUUUUUUUCCUUUGGUAGGCAAAUACAUGCAACUUAAUAGUUACACUCUUCAAUGGGACGUCAAUUGAGAAAUCCUUGUUUUAUCUGGACUUUUUUUUUUUACUUGCUAACAAAAAUUAACACGCAAAAUGAAGGAGUGAUAAUGCUGCAACUUUUUAGUUUGCUUUUUUCCCCCUUUUUUUUUUUGCAGUAGGCAAUUCUAGUAAUUUCCUCCUUUCUCCUGUGGUUUGUGUGGAUCUUUUGAAUGGCAACAUGAGAGUCCUGUUAA